CCCGAAGGCACCAAGCUGAAAAGCGCCCUAGAAGAAAAGGAUGGGCGGCUUUCCCGUUAUUAAUGGCCGUUCAGACCUGAGUGAAGUUAAAUGGCAGCGCCGUUUUGGCAAGGGGGCAGCACCGAGCCUCUUCCUCCUCCAUCCUUGCACGGAGCGCCUCGAAGGAAGGGCGCUCCCGGCUGCGGCCCUUGCCCUGCGCACGCUUACCUGAGAGCAACCCCCUCCCCCCUGAGCGCGGCAGAGACUGCCUGAGGAGAAGGCGCCUUCCGUAGCCCUGGGCGGGGCCAGCCCCUCGCUCUCCGGCCUCCAUCUUUGAAUCGGGCAUGAAAAAACCCCUCCGGCCCUUAAAAGGGAGGGAGGGGGCGCUGCGCUCUUUUAGCUCCGCCAUCUUCGUAACGGGAAACGUGCGGGCGCCUCUCUCAUGCCUUGUGAGGGCAGAGGGAGUGGGCGGGGCCUCCGGGGGGAGGAGGAGGCGGUUGUUGUUUGGAGGAGGAGGGGGGCCCAUAAGUGUCUUGGGGAGGGUCAAAGGUGAGAGGUCAGGGUUCCGAGUGGUGGCCCCCGAGGGGGGUGGGGAGGCUUCGGCGGAGGAAGAACUGAGAGGCGCUGGCAGGUAAUGCAACCCUUUCCCCCCUCCCUCUGGAGCCCUUCUUGGAAGGGGAGGGGGGAAGGUGUUUGUUUCUGUCCCCCCUUCUUCCUCCUCCUCCCCCCGUUAGCGUUGUUUGUCUGGAGAUAUUGUGAUCUGCCGCCCCCGCCCUCAAAGGGAUGAACGUGCGUUUUGCCGUAUUGCUGGAGCAGAACCCAGGAGUCCGGGCUCCCUGUUUCCAUCCCUCGCUGCGACCCGUUAGAAAGGACCCCACUGUCUACUACUCACCCACCCCCAAAAAGAGAGUCCCAGGGUCUGGGUAGGGGUAGCCUUUUCUGCCUGCCCUUUUCUGGGGACCCUGGAGACGUUGCUUCUUGACCCUCCCUGCUUAAAUGUGCUAGUUUACCUUCCUUCCCAAUGGCAAAAGUUUCUCCUGAUAGAUUAGGCAGCAGUUCUCUUUAAUAAGAAUGAUUCUUGUUUCGAUACAAAUGCUUACAGAAAUAGUGGGUAGCAGGUGCUGCUUUAGAAGAGGCAUUAUAUGCAAUUCUCUUCAAAUAUGGUCCAUGCGUGUGGUCAAAAGGAAAGGUUGUUGGGUUGCCUCUCAAGUACUGUUUCAUCCACAUAACUUAAGCCAAUUUAAUAUGUAUUACAGUCAACUAAAGCCCUUAACAUUUCCCCAGCUGCUAUUUCCAUAACAUUAACGUGUGUACCCCUUAUCUUUUUUGUUUGCCUGUAGGAUGACGAACAUGGCGGAUAACCACAAGGAGAGCUGGGCGGCCCUGGUUGCUGCAGCAGAACAGUACCGGCGUCAGACAGGCAAUGAGAUAGUGCUGCUCACCGCCUUCAGGGCCCCACCCCCUGGUGGCUUCAGCUACGCACAGCAUGGAAGUGGGGCUCUGGCUGAUGCCGUUCAACGCUACCUCGAAGAUAUCGCGGUGGUUCACAAGACCACCGCCUUUACCUAUGCUGCCCGUCCUCCUUCUGCCCCCCGCCCAGGUCCCACCAACGGGUCUUACUCCAGGAGCUGCCCCUCUACCAAUGCCUCAGAUGAGCCUGCCCCACACAGGACACCUACCCCCCAGGGGCCCUUGCCCCAGGCUUCUGGAGGCCAGGAGCCCGAAGAGGAAGACGAUGAAGGAGACAGGAACACAUUGACAGAAUUGGAGCAGCCAGGUGGGAGAGAGCAUCCCAGUGACACCACUGGUACGUCUAUGUGCAGUCGGUGGUUUGUUUGUGGAAAAAAUAUAUUUAUCUUGGCUUUCCUUAAAAUGCUUACAGUGGCUGUCAGUAGCAUCAUUGAAAUGCUGUAUAAUCACUAAAAAUGGGGAGUGAUAGGCAACAUCUUAACAAAUAACGCAAAAAGUCACAGCAGCCAGAAGUAAAUUCAUUAAAGCAACAUUCACACCAUACAUUGAAAUCACAAUGAUACCAUUGAAACAGUUGUGGCUUCCCUCAAAGAAUUCUGGGAGCUGUAGUUUGUUAAGGGUGAUGAAAGUUGUUGUGAGAUCCUACUCCUCCCCCAGAGUUUAAAAAUCUUUGUGAUUUAAGAAUCAAUCCCUCUUCCCAGGGAACUCUGAAUUGUAGGUCUGUGAGAAGAGGAGGGGUUUCUUAACAAUUCUCAGUUGUUACCCUUAAGCUCCCUUUAGUAUCGCAGUGCUUUAAAUAAAUGGUGUGAAUGUGUCCUACAUUAUUCCUGCCUCCCAGGAGCUGCUGCUAGGACUGUCCCUUCUCAAGUAGCCUGGAGCAUUCUCUGCUGUGGAUGUGUCCCCAGAGGAAACCACCAGACCUCUUUCAAUUCAGGAAGGCAAGCUUUGCAGCACUAACACUCACCUGAAUCAGUCUGCAUAGGAUAAUGCUUGGUUCAAAGCCAUUAUUAUUAUUAUUUCAUCCUCAACAAGAGUUUGUUCCAUGCAUGAGGUUUGUCCAUAGCAAUAUCAAGAUUUCCUUUUGUGGAAAACUGCUGAAAGUGUGCCUUUAACUCCUAGAAACUUGGUGUUUCUUUCUUCACCGCAAAAUCCUGAGUAUUUUGCCUGUUCUGGUCAGGAUGCAUGAGUCUUGUUCAGAGCACAGAUAAUAAACAGAGAUAAUGAGCUGAAAUUCUGGUGUGACUUUCUCAUUGAAUCUGCUUCUUCCAAAGUAACGCUUUCUUCACUCGUGUUGGAUGUUUCCUGACACCUAGCACGCAGUAGUUGGGUCUCAAGCUCUACAAGUAAUUGUAGGGUGCUGCUUUUGCCAGCUGAAUAGGAGACGCCCUUUUCUCAGAAACUCAACUUUGGAUAAUGCUUUUUUCCAGAUCAGAAUCCAUAUCCAGGCACACAGCACAUCACCAUCCUUGCCUUCCCAAAGGGGAGAGGAGCUCUUCACCAUUUUAGCAAUACUUGAAAGUAUAAUUUUCAACUCUUUAAAUCUGUCCCCUAAAGAGUUGCAAUAUAGCCCCAAGCUCACAACCUAGAAACAAAAGUGUUUCAAAAUGGUGUUUAUGGUGAUGGAACUUGCGGAAUUGACCACUUUAGUGGGAGUGGUGGUUUGAUAACAGAAAAAGACCCUGUGUGAGAGACAGGGAAGGGAAGAUCUCUCAGGGUGGGAGCCUGGGAGACGAAUGGGAUGCUCCCAGGUGGAAGCUGGGAGGGUCCACCCACUUUUGUAUGAGACAAGGGUUAAGAUCUACCUCUGGCAGAGGGCUUUGUAUUCCCACCCACCCCUUUUGCUUUUGCUUUUUUACUAUUUAGAAUAAUUUGGUUUUUAUCAUAUUGUGUGCUGAAAAGUUUCGAUAAAAAAAUUAAAAACCAAAAACACACCACCUGCCAAUACCCAUUGAUAGCUUUAUCCUCCAUGAAUUUGUCUAAGCCCCUUUUAAAGACGUUAAAGUUUGGUGCCACUAUUACAUCCUGUAAUAGUGAAUCCCAUCAUUUUAACUAUGUGCUGGUCCAGUUGCCGUCCCAGAAAACUGGACUGCUGACGUACAUUGCGAUCAGAUGUUAUCGCAGAAAAAUACGAUUUUCGUGUAACGUUGCUUCUGUGCCGCUUAUGGAGAUGUAGCAAAACUGGCUGUCAGGUUUCCAGGCUCUGUCCCAGCUCCCAUUUUAGCUUAUAUUUUGAUGUGUAAAUAAUGAGAAAUGCAGUAUUUUUCAGAGACUGAACACAAAUGCUUUGUCCUUUAAUCUGUACCUCUCGGCACUGAAAAAAACAACCCCUCUCCCACGCUUUCCCUCUGGUACGUUCUUAAAUCAGAAAUGCUUUUUAAAAAUAAAAAAUCACCUCCUCAUCUGGUGAGGAGUUCCACGCAGGUAUAUGAUGUUAAAAUUGGCCACCGACCCAGGUGGCUUUAAAAUAGACAGACUAGCAAAAAUGAAUAGAUCAAUGAGUAAUAAAUGUUGGAGAUGCAAUAAGAUGAAGGGCACUCUAUACCAUAUGUGGUGGACAAGUUCAGAGAUCAAAAAAUCCUGGGAAAUGAUCCAUGAAGAAAUUAAAAAAUUAAUAAAGGUUUCAUAUAACAAAAGGGCAGAAGCAUACUUAUUAGGAAUUUUGAGUAAGGAUAUCCCCGAAGAUAAAAUUAACAUAUUCCUAUACGCAACAACAGCAGUGAGAACGCUGGUGGCCAGUUACUGGAAAGGAAAUAACAUCCCAACAAAAAGGGAAUGGUUAAGUAAACUAUGUGAGUAUCUGGAGUUAGCAAAAUUGACAGAUAUAAUAAGGCAUAAAUCUAAAACUAUGGUACAGAAACAAUGGGAAUGCUUAAAUGAAUAUUUACACAAACAGGGAUCAAACCUGAAAGUUUGGUGGUGCUUAGACUAACCUUGUGAAGAAUACUGAAAAUACAAAGAUUAGAUGGACUACGAAAGUAUUUAAGGAAAGGAAGUGACUGAAGAACAGGUGUAAAGGUGAAUUAGAUAACCAAGAGACGUGCGGUGAAUGCGGUGGAAGUCUUUUAUAAUAUUUUAACUAGGAUUUAAAUAUUGUAAUGUUUGAAGUAUGAAUUUGGAAUAAUUGAUUAUGAAAAGUAUUUUUUCUCUUCAUUCUUUUUCUUGUUUCUUUAUCUUUUGUCUUUCUUCUUUUCUAGUUUGCAUUCUGGAAAAUUGUGUAGACAAAAUGUUUUUAUGUAUGGUUAUGUAUUGUUUCUAUUUCUUUUUUUUCCUAUUCAUUUUUUGGUAACAUUUAAUAAAAUUUAAUAAAAAAAGGAAAAAAAUAAAAGAGGAUUGUACAAAUUUGUGGAGGAGAGGGCUCUCAACGGCUAUGAUCCAUGCUGUCUAUUCUCUGCCUCUGCAGCUGGAGAUAAUAAUGCUUCUGAAAACCAGUUGCUGGAAACCACCAUGUGGGAGUGUUCUCCUGCGCUUGUAGGUUUCACGCAGGGCAUCUGGUUGGCCACUCUUGGGAGCAGAAAGCUGGGUUAGAGGAGCCAUUGUCCUGAUCAAAUGGGUUCUUCUUAGUUUUUAAAGUUGCCACAGGAAGGGGAAGACGCUUUGCUUACAGUUGCCACUUGCAUCUCAGUUGAGAGAUGGAACUUGAAGCAAAAUAUAGCUGUACCUAACUAGUGAGGGAUCCCAGUAUAAUUGGGGGCUGGGGGGGUUCUCCGGAUGUGACUGUGUUGAUCGCUUGAUAAGCAGUCCCAGAACGGCUACUUCUCAUGUUCAAAUAGAACGUCCCUGUGCAUACAUCUCAGCGAGAUCUAAUUCUGUUUUGUUUUUAAUUCAUUUCCAGGUUUGUUUGUGAUGGACGAGGAUUCUCCAAGCCAGGAAUAUGAGCCUUUCUUCGACUCUGAUCUGGAGAGCACUGACGGUGAGUGGCAGCUGAAUGUCCCACUUUUUUUCUUUUAGUCUCUUCACUCCCUCUGCCAGCUUCCCACAAUGUACGUACUAUGCUGACUGCAAAUGUGGAAGAAGCCAAGAUACUGCUGAUUGCAUUAGGUAAAGGGACCCCUGACCAUUAGGACCAGUCGUGGCCGACUCUGGGGUUGCGGCGCUCAUCUUGCUUUAUUGGCCGAGGGAGCCGGCGUACAGCUUCCAGGUCAUGUGACCAGCAUGACUAAGCCGCUUCUGGCAAACCAGAGCAGCGCACGGAAACGCCGUUUACCUUCCCGCCGAAGCGGUAUUUAUUUAUUUAUCUACUUGCACUUGGACGUGCUUUCGUACUGCUAAGUUGGCAGGAGCAGGGACCGAACAACAGGAGCUCAACCCCAUCACGGGGAUUCGAACCACCGACCUUCUGAUCAGCAAGUCCUAGGCUCUGUGGUUUAACCCACAGCGUCACCCACGUCCUUGCUGAUUGCAUUAGGCCUGGAGUCAUUCAAGACUUUAUAGGUAUCUUGAGGGAGCAGUUUUUCCCACAUCCCCUCUCUCUUUGUCAGGAUCUUCCUUGUAGGGCAUCGGAGAGGAUCAGCACUCAGAGGAGCGAAGUGGUGAGAGUGUACCAGAGAAACUUGGGUUUUAAUCCCUGCUUGGCCCUGAAGCUCACUGGGUGCCCUUGGGCCAGGCUAGCCUACCUUACAAGGUGGUCUAUGAGAAUAAAAGAGGUGACCCCCCCCCCAAUCUCCACACUUGCUGCUUUGAGCUGCUCAGAGGAAGGAUACAAUAAAUGUGAAUAAUGGGUACAAGGAGAAGGGCUCUGUUGUUUCAUGCAUUCAUUAACUUUUUUUAUUCUACCAGGGUUUUGAAGGGAGGUGGCAGCAGAAGCUAUGUGCAUCCUAAUGACAAACGAAUUGCCUUUCCCGGCCAAAUGUCCCCAUAGCCCUUUUGUUCUACCUCCAGCAAAGUCAAAGCAGAUGUCUCGGGAAAGCUUGCAAGUGGGCAGACCACCUCCUAAUAACUUGGCUCCAAAUAUCACAUACCUCUUAAGAUGUAUCACCCGGCAACAGACUUGGAGAUACUGCCUUGGAACAUGGAAGCUCCAUGUUCAUCUUACAAACUGUAAGGCAAGCCGGGAAGAGUCUGUCUAAAAAACCUUGCAAAACGGCUUCUAGAGAUGCAUCUAAUUUUGCUGUCCAGGUGAGGUAGGGAAAAGAGAUCAGCAAAUAUGUUGGGCUGUUCUGACAAGAGCCUCAGGCCAUUGGGAACCACUUGAUCUAGUAAUUGCAAGAACUGGUGGGCAAAGGAAAGGAGUAACGUUUAGGAGAUUUUAUCUUGGUUCAGCACUUCCGGAAGGGAGUCUGACACUCUUUUGUUACUGCUAAAUUUACAAAAGAUAAGGGAUGCAUGUCAGGGACUUUAUACAGUAGGAAGGAGACAUUUGCUUGAAAUGUGCAUGCCUGGCUUCCUGUAGUGGAGUCUCUCUUCAGGCCUCUCCUGGCCAAAACUGAACCUUCCUUGCUAUGACAUCAAAAGUUGGAGGUUUCAUGGGGUGCUGCAAAACAACAUCACUUGUCUGUAAAAAACAUACCUUUUCAGUGCAGUCUUGGGUCCUUAACUGUUGUUGGACUACAGCAUCCACAGCUAGCAGGACCAGUGGUCAGGGAUUAUGGGAGUUGUAGUCCAACAACAGCUGAGGAGCCAAGUUUGAGAAACACUGCUUUAGUAAGUUUUAGGAAUUCGAAAUAAAUGGGAGCAUAGUUCCUACGAGAGUGAUGUUAUCCCUUCCCUCCUGUAGCUAGGGAGGAGGAUGCUUUCUGAUGGUUCAUUUCUUUUUAUUUCCUUCCGUCCUUCUGACCCAUUUUUCUCCCCACAUUUCUCUCCCGCAGAUGGGAGUCUAAGUGAGGAGGCUCCUGGCCAGACAGCCCCUCCACCCCUCAGCCAUCAGUAUGCCAAGUCCUUGCCUGUCUCAGUGCCUAUCUGGGGCUUCAAAGAGCAACGGCAAGAGAUGCGAUCCUCUGAUGAAGAGAACAGCAAGGUGGGUAGGAACUGAGAAUGUGUGAAAGCUCUUCUAGGUAGAGAUCUGAAUUUAGAUGUAGGAUGGGAGCGAUCUAGUUUUGCUGAUGUAAGUAAUUAUUUAAGACAAAUAACGAAGACUUCUCCACCUGGCUCCCCCUCCCUUGCUCCUCAAUACAGCAUUCGUCCCCCGACCUGGAGAAAAUUGCCGCCAGCAUGCGAGCUCUGGUGCUGAGGGUGUCAGAUGGCACAGAGAUGUUUGGGGACCUGCCUCGGCCGCGCCUCAACACGAGCGACUUCCAGAAACUACAGCGGAAAUACUAAUGGAUCUGGUGGCCCUUUGUCCCACCCCUUCCUCUGUUUGUGCCCUUUUAUUUCUUCCCCCCCCCCACAUCCAAAUCGGUGGACAGGGUUGGAAGCUCCCCUCAAGCCAUACAGCUCGAAUUCCCUCCCCUCUUUUUCCCCACCCUCCCCUUCCUGAGCUCCCACAAGCUUUAAAUUAAAGUGAUGACCUCAAUCUCCACACUACAGCUGGCGUGGAGGGUCCAAUUGUCUCCUCUCCACGCCAGAAAUUCUGUCCCACUUUCCCCUUCUAUCCUAUCUAAUUGAGGAGGUACAGUUGUUGUUGUUGUUGUUUUCUGAGAUGGGUCCCCGACACAUAGAAGAGGGAAAUGGAACACUACAGAUGGAUACUGACAACAAAUACACCCCCAUAUCUGUUCUUGCCACCACCAUCAACCCUUCCAAUCUUACCCCAGCAUCUGGCUGCGGUGGGUUCCCUUCGUCAGUUCCCCAAGCCCCCCCCUCUUUUUUUGCUUUCUUCCUCCCAAAAUAAGUGUCUUAAAAUAUCCUUUGCACAUAAGCUGGGUUUGUCUAUACACUUGACCUAACUGACCCUUUGCAGAGCAGGGCAGCAGUGGUGGGGGAAGGAAUCCUGUCGUUUUGUGCUUGCCCCACCUCCCCCUCCCCCACUUUCCCCCAUGCAUAGCUCUCUCCCAGUUUCCAGGAGCGGUACUUCAGGGUCCUUUUUUCCCUCUUGGGGGGGAGGGGUGGUGCAAAGGUGAGGCUGCUCUCAUGGCAGGCGGGAUGUAAAAGCGGCUCUAGGAGUCACCUACACCCCUCCGGUUAUCUUCCACCCACCCCCUCGCUGCCCCAGCAUAAUACUUUUGUAUCAGAUUUUUCAAGGGCGCUUUGUGGCCCUGGCCCUCUAUUUUUGUCCAAAGAUGAUUGGUGAAUUGGAAGGGAGAGGAUGUAUUUUUUUUUCUCCUUCCUGCAAACCUACAAGCCAAUAAUAAUAAUAAUAAUAAUUAAAAAAAAGCUGUCUUUUACCAACUCUUUUGCUGUAUUGUCUGAUUGACAGGAAGUGAGUUAGAAGGGGGGGGGAGUUACAUCUCCAGAAAGGUGGUGGGAUGGCAGGCCUUUGUGGAAGACCUCUUCCUGUACCACCAGCUACCUUCAUCCAGACAUGUGAGCGGAGCAAAACAGGAGGGGG